GUUCGACUCGGGGCCAAGCUCUGACUGACUAGUGUGGAGAGCAUCGCCAAACAAAAUAACCCAGGCUAACCCUAGAUAGCUGCCCAGAUAUUCGAGCUGGCAAUGAAUAACAACUUCGAAAUUCUACUUUUGAAUCCCCUCGGUUCGCUUAAAGAGGGUCUACGAGUCAUGUGUUGCAAAGUGUUUAACUAAUUUUGCACCCCUACUGGAUGUGGAGCUAGCAGAGUGCACUGAAGACGCUGGAGCCUCGUUUAGCUGAAUUGACAUUAGCGUGCUAGCGCCACUUUGUCAGCCUCAGAGGGACCGAAUAGUUGCAUCGGGCGUGCGUUUGGCAAUCAGACUCUUGGGGAAAUGGACGGCCAAUCUAGAAAUCAACCCUGGGGUAAACUAAUAAGUUUGGAUCGAAGUUAUGGGUCCGAAGUGUUACUUGUCAACCGUGAAUGCACCAUAGGACGAAGAAAGGGUUGUGAUUUGGCCUUCCCUGGAAACAAGCUGGUGUCAGGGGAUCACUGCAAAAUCACACAGGAUGGACAGUCAGGGAAGGUGUGGCUGGAGGACAUGAGUACCAAUGGCACAGUCAUCAACAAGUCCAAGUUAUUGAAGAAGCAGAAUCACCUCCUACAGAAUGGUGACGUAAUCUACUUUGUGUACAGGAAAAAUGAACCGGAGCAAAAUAUCGCUUACAUGUUCCAGUCCGUAAAGCCACCACAAGCUUCCCCACUAAAAGAUGGUGGGAACUCGGCUAAGUCUAGUCAAGAGACAGAGAAAGGGAGCCCCACGCUCACGGACAGCCCCAGCCCCACACCGGCCUCCCCAGCGGGGGUGACUGCAACGGGAGGAGGGACUCCUCAUCCUACUGUUGCUCCUGCUCCUCAUCGUCGACAUCCACUCCAGGAGGAACCCCAGCCUUCCACCUCCACCUCCCACCUCUACCACCCCUCCUCCUCCUCCCCACCUAUGCCCUCAGGCGCCCAGGCCACGGCUGCAGGAGGUGCUGUGGAGUCCUCCAUCGCCGCGUCUCCAUCCCACUCUGCCUCCGCCUCCGCCUCCUUCUCCUCCUCCUCCUCCUCCUCACAGCCUGCUGCAGGGAUGCCCUACGCCCCCACGGGCCCCCACGGCCGACCCCUCACCCUCAGGGAGAUGCUCAGGUCACGGGAGGGCAGCCCCGACUCCCUGAGGGAAGGGGAGAGCGCCACGGAGCCCGAGAGGAAGAAGAGAAAGACUGUCACAGCUGGCGAAGAUGAGCUCCCAAAGCUGGGCCUGCCCAGGCUGGCCCUGCCAGAGCUGGGUGGGAAGGAGAGGGGCGAGGGGGCAGCCAAAACGGACAAGAUGGAGGAGUCCCUUACCUGCAUCAUCUGCCAGGACCUGCUGCACGACUGUGUCAGUCUGCAGCCCUGCAUGCACACCUUCUGUGCGGCGUGCUACUCCGGCUGGAUGGAGCGCUCGUCUCUCUGCCCCACCUGCCGCUGCCCCGUGGAGAGGAUACGCAAGAACCACAUUCUCAACAACCUGGUAGAGGCAUACCUACAGCAGCACCCAGAGAAAUGUCGUAGCGAGGAGGACCUGCAGAGCAUGGACCAGCGCAACAAGAUCACGCAGGACAUGCUGCAGCCCAAGAUCGAGCGCUCCUUCUCCGACGAGGAGGGCAGCUCCGACUACCUGUUCGAGCUCUCCGACAACGACAGCGACACCUCCGACAUGAGCCAACCGUUCCUGACGUGUCGCCAGUGCCCGGGCUACAGGAAGGACUCGAGCCAGGUGCUGUGGAUCGCAGGCCCCACUCCAGAGGAGGGCCCAGGGAAGCUCCCCGGAGAGCAGCCCUCCACGUCUGCAGAGGCCAACCCAGCCACCACACAGCAGGAGUUCAGGUGUCCCCCUCAGGGCAGCCACAUCAUCUGCACCUGCUGCCUGCAGCCCAUGCCGGACCGCCGCAGCGAACUGACUGGCCAGCAGGUCUCCUCCCAGCAAUGUAUGCUGUGCCAGCGGCCGUUCUGCCACAUGUACUGGGGUUGCCAGCGCGUUGGAUGCCAGGGCUGCCUAGCGCGCUUUAGUGAGCUCAACCUAACAGACAAAUGCCUGGACGGAGUGCUGAACAGCAACAACUAUGAGUCGGAAAUCCUGCAGAGCUACCUGUCGGCGAGGGGCCUGUCGUGGAGGGAGAUGCUGCAGGAGGGGCUGCAGGCGGCACAGCAGGGCCUCUUCCAUCUGUCUGACUACCGUGUGAAUGCCAGUGCUGUGCUGUGCUACUGCUGUGGCCUGAGAGCCUUCAAGGAGCUGGCCUACAAGUACAGAGAACGCAUCCCUGCUGCCGAACUCCCAGCUGCUGUGAUGUCAAGACCAGACUGCUACUGGGGACGUAACUGUCGCACGCAGGUCAAAGCACAUCACGCCAUGAAAUUCAAUCACAUUUGUGAACAGACCCGCUUUAAGAACUGAAGCGCGUUGUCUGUCGAUGGUGUCCAUUCCAAUUGAAAGAAGAGAAUGAUGAGCCUGCUUCCAACAAGUCCCAUGGACUGACUGACUGUGUGUGUAUAAAAAAUGAACAUGAUCCUGUGUACUCCAUGGCAUCAGACAGACCCACAUACUCAUGACAGGAGGGUGGGCAUUUUUUUUUUCCUCGGGGAAGAUGUAUUUUUUCAUAUCAAUUCGACUUAUGUACUCUAUCAGUACUUUUACAUUUUGCUUGCUUUGUUGAUCACUGUACUUUUUUUGUUAUUAUUAUUUUUAUUAUUAUUAUUAGCUUGACAUGAGUAUAUCUUCUGGUCAUGUGUACUUAUAGGGAAGCAAGCCUCAAUCAGACCAGAAGAGAGCACUUUGUUAAAGGCGAGCAAUCAAGGGAGCCUUCAGAAAAAGAAAAAAAAACAACAGGCUAGCCACUAAUUUCAUUCCAGUGCUUGUUGCAAUGCUUAGUUUAUCUCUCUGUUAUGUGAUGACGACGUGCAUAUAUUCUUAUAAGGGACUAUAAAUUGAUCAUUAGCGGAAACAGCAAUCAUAUCAGUCUGCAUGCAUCAGCGAGCAGAGUAGCUUGCGGGGGACUAUUCUGGUUUCAGAGGGAAUGGUGUCAGUAUUCAGUUUAAAAUAAAAGUUCCCGAAUAUUCCAUUUACACGUGUUGAACAGUGUUCUGCCAUUGUGAUCUGUCACAUUUGGAAUCAAUAAGGAGUUCAUUCAUUGCUUGUGCGCAAAACUGAAUACCGUCACCAUUUCCGUUUAUUGUCCGAAUGUUCCUCGCAUGUAACUGCGCUCAACGUGUGGUCUGUGUAGUUUUAAAGGGAUGUGAUCUAGUCCCGCCUUGAGUCUUUGGAGACAACUAUAACUAUGCCAGAUUAGAUCCAUUAGAAUCAAACACGAGCUUGACUGGACAGAGGUGCAAGCGGUGCAUAAAACAAGUCCCUUAACCAGUGUGCCUAUCCCUACAGUUUGUUUUUGUAAAUGUAUGCAGAGGUGGUGUAGGCUAUGUGUGCCUAAUGACUCAAGAGGACUCCUGUUGAAGACUCAUCUCAUCUCUAGAUUAUUAUCUGUUGUUAUUUUUGGAACAGCACUGUCCCUGGCCUUCGUAGGAUGCUUGCCAGACUUUUUUGGCAGGGCUACACCUCUGCCAGGACACAGGAGAGCUAGCUAGCUUAAGUGUCUGGUGUUUCGUAGCGAUUUCUUGUUUUCGCUUGUGUUAAGUGCGUAGAUUAAGUUUAUUAUUAGCUAAUUAGGCCUGCCAAUAACCCCUAUUUUGUUUUAACGUCUGCUGUAGUGCAUGCAAUACUUUUUUGAGAAAGCCACCUGCUACUGGGAACUCUAGUCUCUGCCGACGGAGAAUCCAGUCACUCGAAAGACAAUAUUGGUGUCAUUGCCAACAGUCUCUUAUGCAUAUCGAAAAUAUUCUCGAGGAUAUAGGGCGUGUGGUGAAGGUGGGCCACAUAUUGUGUGCAAAAAAAAAGGAAUGCACUAAAAUUGCACCAUUCUUUAACGAUAACUGUUGCUGCUUCCACUUCAACUGCUUUUUUUCAGAAGACAAUGCAAUUCCAUAUUUAUUUGGAUGUAGUAGGAUAGCGUAGAAAAGUAACAAAAAAAGAUUAAAUGGAAAAAAAAAUCCUCACAAAAAAACAACCUUUUUUUUUUCUUCUAUUUUUCAAACGUGUGCAUUGGGUGGGACACCUAAAGGUGAAAAGCCAUGUGAAACGCUGUGCAGAGCAAAAGGCUUAGUAGGUUGGUGGGGGGAUACAUGUGAUGGUUAUAUAGGAUUACCCCCGUGGAGGGUGGUAGAAGAGUAAUGUGUUGUAGUUUUAGCGAAGGCUGUGGGCCUUAAUUGUAUGCUUUGCCGGGGAUAAUCAACGCUAAGCAGAUUAAUGCAGUGCAUUACAGCCGCUUACUCCCAGCCAGUGGUUAUGGGCAGUGCUGGCUCUAGGUGGUGGUAGUAGUAGUAGAAGUAGAAGGCAUAAAGGUCUUCCACAGGAGAGGAGAAGAAUAUCGCGCUCUCUCUCUCUCUGUAUCUCUGUCUCUGUAUCUCUCUCUCAUUCUCUGUCUCUCUCUCUCUCUGUCUCUCUCUCUCUCUCUCUCUCUCUCUCUCUCUCUCUCUCUGUCUCUCUCUCUCUCUCUCUCUCUCUCUCUCUCUCUCUCUGUGUCUCUCUCUCUCUCUUCAUUUGUGUAGGGCUCAUGGUGUUGUUUACGCUCACACACAUAAGUCAGCCCUGCUCAGACUCUGAGUGCUACCUAAUUAGGCAGCUAAUGGAGUGAGUAUGGGGCGGGGGGUCAAACGUGCUGUGGGAAAACUCCUCUCCUCUCCUCUCCUCUCCUCUUCUGCUCUCUCCUCUCCCCUCCUCUCCUCUCCUCUCCUCUCCUCUCCUCUCCUCUCCUCUCCUCUCCUCUCCUCUCCUCUCCUCUCCUCCUGCGCUCUCAUCUCCUGCUCUCUCCUCUCCUCUCCUCUCCUCUCAGGGCACUUGCUGCCCACUGGCAAAACUAGCCAACGUGUUGUUGUAGGACAACCACUACUUCCCAACUUCUCAAGUGUUGUUUUGUUGUUCUUGUUGUUGUGGUCGUCUAUUUGCGGAUGUGCGCAAGGAGGUUCUUAUCUGUUUUUUGUAUGUAUGCCUUUGGGCCUUCGUUCGGAGGUCAAUUGUGUUGUUUCUAUUGUUGGAUGUUUUGCUGGAGGAAAAUGGAAGAUUAACUUUUUUUAUAUCGCUUUGUUUUUUUGUGUUCUUCCCUUUUGUAAUCAUAACAAGAAAUCAGUGGUGGCCCGAUCACAAUGCCUCCACCCCCCACUACGAUUAAUAAUGGCACAUGCCAGUCGCCAGUUAUGUUAUGGCCUUAAGGAUAAAUAGUUGUUGGGCUGAGGUGGUUCAGCAUGCAAUUUGUGCCACUGACAUGCUAAAUCUGCAUCAGUUAAUCGUCAUGCCACAGACAUGCUACUUCUGAGCAGUUCUCCAACCCCUGAUAUUGUUGUAAUGGGUUAUUUUUUUCUAUCUAGAGAAGGAAUUGUUGUGGUAAUAUUGUUUCCCCCAAUGGGAACGUAGGUAGGAUCAGCCCCCUGAAUGAAAUAUAUUUAGUGUUUACAUAAGACGUUUAAUCAGUUUGUGGGUUAAGUGACCCCGUCUCAGAGGGUUAAUUGUUUUUGGAAGGGAUCACUGUUUUACUGUUUUGGUGGUUUGGCCACAGCUUCUCAUUUGGAAUUGGUAUAUAUUUUUUUAAUCUCCCCGCCCCACCCUCUCUCUUUCUCUCAAUCAGUAUUGCACAGCAGAUUAUUUUGAUCCAGGGACGUUGACCCCUCUCGAGUGCAAUACAGUAUGGUGAAGUGCAUUUCUUCCAGACGCGCCAGUACUGCUAUCAACAGUUGUGUGUAUGUGCUAACACUGUUGUAUAGGGUUCACAUGUUGGCUGCUAAUACAUGCCUAAUUGCUGUCUAUAUAAGUGAAUUGUAAGACGUGUCAAGGGCCUACUAGGUCCUUAUUACGAUGAUAUUGGUAAUAACAGUCUUAUUGGCAUUGGACAAUACACUUGUGAAUGCACGCCCAACGAAUGACUUUGCUGAACGUGCCUUAUUAGUCUCUUAUACAGACAGUUUGCCACGAAUUAGUGGCUAAAAUGUGAACCUUAAAGGAACAGUCCACCCAUUUUUGAUUUUCACAUAUUUGCAGUAUUUCCAAGGAUUGUCAUGAAUGUGCAUAUAAUUUUCUUCUCCGUGUUUUCAGUACUCAGAACAGAAUUAUUAGCAUAGCUUUGCAUAAUCACUGUAAGUAAAUGGGAACAUUAGCAUCAAGCCACAAGUGAUCACAGGAUGGGAUUAAAUAGCUUUUGCACUUUGGUGAAUUUUACAUUAAUUUACAUUUGAGAAUGUUUUGUUUGUUCCCAUAGACUUGCAUUGUUAUGCUUAAUUUGUUAUACUGUUAAACUAGGCAAUGCAAACACAUAGACAAAAUGAUAUGCCGCGAUCACACCAAAGGCGUUGAAAGAGCCACAACGCUGCUGACUCCUGCCUGGAAAGCACUGGUCAGGGGCGUUGAACGAGGCAAACGAUUCAACCUGAAGCGUUCGGCCAGAAAUCUCGACCAACCGAAGCUCGUGUUUAGAAAAAUGUGAACAUUCCAUUGGCUGACGCCCUGCUGCCGCCGAGCUCAUUACAUAUUUUUAGAUGAAGUUCAACUUCUGCCGCCCUCGGCUUUUGACGCUUUCGAUGCCCUCGCCUCUACAAACGCUCCCGACGCGUUUGCCUCGUUCGCCGCCUGCUCUCCCAUACAAAGUCAAUUACUUCCGCAUCUUUCCACGCGUUCAACGCCCGCGGUGUGACCGCACGGUAAUGCUUGGAAAUACUGCAAAUAUGUGAAAAUCAAAAAUGGGUGGACUGUUCCUUUAAAACAAUGUGCUUCCAUGGAUGUGUAUGUAUGUGUAUGUGUAUGAUGGAGAGUGUUUACUGGGGACUUCCACUCCUGCAGUCUACUUGUAUAUGUAUGUAUAUCCGUGGGAGGCUGGUCGUGGUGUGGGGUGGGCUGGACGGGCUGGCGCUGGAAGUGUGUGUGAGCGUGUGUGAGCGUGUGUGUGUGUGUGUGUGCGCGAGUGUGAGUGAACGCGCGCUUCCUAGUUUGUCGGCUCACGCUGGCAUUCCUCAGCGGCUCAGGGCCCUGAAACGAGCCCCGGGUCAUGACCCCCCGCCCAGGCCCCCGCCCGACCCGACCUACCACCACCCCAACCCACAGUCGCCUCCACAUUUUUAAUUGUAUCCGAGCUAGAGGGACCUCUGCACCCUUAAAGCCAACAACCCUGCAAGCCGCUCAUCAGGACUGGCUGUUAGGCCGCUUUGCCCCCACCCCCUUUUUUUGUAUGUGUGCGUGCGUGUGUGUGUUUCAAAGGAAAACAUUGUACUCUAGUUCAAGGGGGCAAAUAUUUACUCACUUUUGUGUGAGGGUCUGGAAAGCAAGCCAAGCGCCAUACAGUUUCGGAGCACACAAGAGGGGUGGGUAGCUGAAUUCUACCUCAUCAAGGCUUACUUACUGACUUAAACUUACGAGUUCAAAAGGAGAACAGUCUCGACUGUACAUUGUGUUCAGCAGGUUUUCCUUUCUCUUCGAGUAGCCAAGGACCAUAGGGGGGGGCAUUUUAGAAUUAGCACUGUUGAAAGUUGAAUGCCUUUUUCUGGUUGGCUUUCGGUGCCUCCUGAGUAUUAGCAAGUGCUAAAAAAAAGAGACAGGAAAAAAAUACUAUGUAAUGUCAGGUAGAAACACUCUUUAACAAGAAAGUUCUUAUCUGUUUGCUGCACUAAUAAACCCUUAAAAUGUUUCAAAUAUUUGA